AUGGAGCUCAAGCUGGAAAGUUACAGGGCAGCGAGGGAGGCUUUGAUCAACGCAGAUCGUGCCCUCCGACGUGAUCGUUUGCCUCUUACCACCACGAUCAACUCUUUAGGCCCGGGCGACCUAGAAACCAAAGCAGAUGCAAUCCUCAGACGAAUUCGACAAGAAGAAGCUGACACGAUAUGGACAGAAGUGCAUCCUUCAAUCCCCCAUCCAUUCCCUGGGAUGGAGUUUCUGACUGGCAAGUCAAUCAUAGAAAAAACCAAGAUUUUCAAGAUCUUGAGCAAAAUGCCCAAAGGUGGCCUUUUGCACGCACAUUUGGACGCCACGGUCAACGCCCAGGUUCUUAUGAAAUUAGUCGAACAAUAUCCUGCAUACCACGUUUCGGUAGACCAGGUUCUCACUGAGGAGAAUCUAUAUGCAGUCUUACCCCAGUUCGAAGUUUUCACUGCCGCCGGACAUGCAGCGACGAGUAUCACAAGUGAUUCCUACUCCCUUGGUUCCUGGGUACCUUACCAAGAUGCGAGGAAGAACUUUGCCUUUGGGGGCGCUGACGGUUUCGAUCGCUGGGUCAAUGCAGCCUUGACUAUCAACCCAAAGGAAGCCUACGAAACCUACAAUACCAGCACGAAGAUCUGGGAAAAGUUCAGUAGUGUGUUCAUCUGUGCGAGGCCGUUGGUGCUUUACGAACCUGUUUUCGAGCAAUAUGUUCGAGAAUUCUUCUUGUCAUCCAUUGCCGAUGGAAUCUCCUAUGUCGAGCCAAGAUUCAAUUUCUACUACAAGACCAUGGUCGGUGCCGACGGAAGUCCCCUUGAGCACAGGCAGUGGCUGCUCAUUUUCGACCGAGUAUUAAAGCAGGUGAAGGAAGAACUUGAAUCACAAGGCCGCGGAGACGAGUUCCACGGAGCGAGGGUGAUCUAUACCUCCUUGCGUUUUCUCAGUCCCGAGGAAGUGGAAUGGUAUCUCGAGGACUGCCUUGCUUUGAAAAAGGAAUUUCCCCAUCUUAUUGCAGGAUUUGACCUUGUCGGCGAGGAGAAUGCAGGAAGGCCGCUCAUAGAUUUCCUUGAGGUAUUCAUGAAGUUCGAGGCCCGCCAGAAAGAAGAAGGCGUAUCUAUUCCCUUCAUUUUUCAUGCUGGAGAAACACUGGGCGACGGGACCCAUGCUGACUGCAAUCUCUACGAUGCAAUUCUGCUGGGGACGAAACGAAUUGGUCAUGCGUUCUCUCUCGCCAAGCACCCGGAAAUCCUCAAGAUCUGUCGAGAGAAGGGUAUAGCGAUCGAGGUCUGCCCGAUAUCGAACGAAAUAUUGAGACUUACUUCUUCGAUGCCGGCACACCCCCUUCCUGUGGUCCUAAACAAUGGGGUGCCAGUCGCGUUAUGCUCAGACGAUCCAGCGGUAUUUGGAAAUAUGGGGUUAACCUACGACUAUUACCAGGUUUUUGUGGCAAGCGAAGUAAAUGGGCUGCGUACUCUUGGCAAGCUGGCGCGAGACAGCCUCGAGUUUUCUACUCUUGAUGGAGAAGAGAAAGCGGCAGCGCUCAGGGCAUGGGAACGACGCUGGGACGAAUUCGUUCGAUAUAUUGCGGGGUUAGAGUAGUAGUAUAAUGACUUUGUAACUGUUUGUACUGUGCUUGAAAUGCUGUUACUUUAAGGGUUUGAUUCGUUCUUGUACCCU